AUGGCGGAUAAAAACGUCGAAUCGGGUGGAACUUCAAGUAAAACCGAAAAAACUGAUAAAACAGAUAAAACGAACGCGGAAACUUUACGCUACGACGAAUUAGAAACGAGUUUGAUCCACAUUUCGAAGAAAAGAUCAGAAGAUAUCUUUCACAAUACAACUAAAGCGUGGAGAAAGCAAAUCAACCACGUUCAAGGAAAAUUAGUAAAUUGUACUGAAAUUGCAUCAUUACAAAACGACUGUUGCAUUUUGGAACAAUGCAUGAAGGAUUUAACGAAAGCUCACGAGGAAUUGGAAAGUGUCAUUGAGUCUCCGGUUGAGAAAAUUGCUCUUUUCGGAAAAUUUGAGGACAUGAGCAAGGAAAACAACAAGGUUGUACAGCAAGUGUGUCAGACAAUAAGGGACAUGAAAUUUGACGCUGAGGACAAUUAUUCCGUGACAUCUCGAAGAUCUGGUAGAAGCCACAUUUCUCGUAGGUCACACCGAAGUAAUCUGUCUCGAUGUUCAAGGGUCAGCACUACGUCAUCGAACAGACAGAGGAGGCAAGAACUGGAAGAGAAUGCAGCCGUGCUCAAGGCCAAAAUGCGUAUUGCUCGUGAGAAGGAGAAAUUCGAUCAAGCAAAUCGAUUGGCCUUACAAGAAAUUGAAGGCAAACUACAAGAGAUUCAAAACGAAGAGCGGAAGGUUAAAGAGCAAAUUACUCUUACUGAUGAAAGAUUCAAGAUUAGAGAGGAACUCGCCGAAGCGGAAGCUCGAAUUGACGUCUGCACACGGUUCGAGGGUGAAGAAGAAUCAUUCAGAACCAUCGAAGAGAUCCCUUGUGGUGAUAAUGCACACGAUCGCGUCGAGCGCUUCCUCCAGUCUCAGUCGGCACCAGACGCAUCACCCUUAACAGAAUUGGAGCAUCCUGGAAACUUCACCUCCAACCAAGAGGCAAGUCCCACGACACCUGUAGAGAAUCAAGCGGUCAGUACGUUGAAUCCUGACGCUCGUAACUAUACACCGCCUACAGCGAAUGAUUCCUCACAGUACGAACAAAGACAACCGAAUGUGACAAGUACGAACGAAGCUCAUCACUCCAUUUCAGACAUAGAGAACCCGAACAUCUUACAAACCCACCUCACUGCUCUAAACAAGUUAGUAGAAAGUCAUGCCCAAAGUCGUCUCCCCCUUCCAAAACCAGAAGUCUUUAAUGGUGACCCACUAAAGUUUCCAAUUUGGCUUAAAGCCUUUGAAACAUUAAUCGAAACACGUGCGACUAAUUCCACUGAACGACUACAUUUCCUCGGAAGGUACGUUGGUGGCGAAGCUAAGGAUGUCAUAGAUGGAUAUAUGCUGAUGGACGGAGAAGACGCGUAUCUGAAAGCCAAGGAAAUGUUAUCUAAACGUUACGGAGAUCCAUUCGCAGUUGCCUCGGCAUUCCGCAAGAAAUUGGAAUCCUGGCCUCAAAUCCCACCACAAGAUGGUUUGGCAUUGCGAAGAUACGCAGAUUACCUGGUGCAAUGCGAAAAGGCGAUGGAAAGGGUCGACAGUUUGAAGGUUUUGAACGACGACCAAGAGAUACAUAAGAUGUCUUCCAAACUACCCAAAUGGGCUCUCACAAGAUGGGGCAGAAAGGUUUACGCUUGGAAGAACGAGAAGAAGAGAUUCCCCCCAUUUGCUGAGUUUGUGAAGUAUGUCGUGGUUGAAGCAGACAUUGCGUGCGAUCCAAUGAACUUGAGCCAACGGAAGAUAGAGAUCUAUUCAAGGGGACCUCGAAGACAAAGGGACUAUGGAAAUUUCAGACGUACACCUCGAGAAUCAAACCGCGAUGAGUUUGCUAGAUCAUUGGCAACAAAGGUUAAUGAAGAAGAUGCGAGUAAGGGCAAGACCGAAGAAGUCCAAUGCGCAAUGUGCGGAAAGGCCCAUGAAUUGGAAUCCUGUAAGAACUAUAUGGAUAUGGAGGUCAAAGCGAGGAAAGAGUUUGCAAAAACGAAAGGACUCUGCUUUGGAUGCCUUGGAAAGGGACAUUUGUCGAGGGAUUGCAAGAGACGGAAAAAGUGCGACUCAUGCAAAAGGGCUCAUCCAACAUCCCUGCAUGGAGACCUGAAGGGCGAAUCUAAAGAGACUGAACCCUCUCGAACGGAAAACCAAACGGAACAACGGGCAGCCUAUUGUACCAAAUCUGGCACUUCCAAGGAAGAACGUGAUGGAAUAGUGAGUUCAAUGAUCAUUCCCGUGUGGUUGCAACAUGCAAAUCAUCCCGAAAAUGCCGUGCUCGUAUACGCCCUCCUCGACGAUCAGUCUGAUAGCACGUUCGUCUCCGAAAGCACCCUUAGCAAUCUUGGAAUCGAAGGUCAUCCGACACAAAUUUCACUUUCCACUAUGAAUGUCGCAAACGAGAUCAUUCAAACCAGCAAAGUCAACGGCCUCGUGGUGAGCGACUUCAAGCGUAACUCUGAGAUACAACUUCCGCGAGUAUUCUCCUGCAAGGCUAUCCCAGUAAAGAGAUCGCAAAUUCCACGUCCAGAGAUGGCAACAAAGUGGUCCCAUCUAGCAAAGAUAGCAACUGAAUUGUCACCCUAUCAUAGUGACAUCGAGGUGGGAUUGUUGAUAGGUGCGAACUGUCCUCGUGCCAUUGUACCACGAAAAGUUCUGCCCGGACGAGGUAACGAACCCUAUGCUCAGCAGACAGAGUUAGGAUGGGGAAUAGUCGGAAACAUAACCAACGACGAGGACGAUUCGGAUGAAAUCGAAGAUGUCGUGCACAGAAUCGCUACUCAAUCAAUCUGUGCUGCUCAAACCCACGAAAGAGCAUGCACCUUUCGCGUGACGACGUCGGCCAAAGAAGUUAUCAAUCCACAGGAAAUCAGACGCAUGAUGGAGUGGGAUUUCUCCGAAAGAAGCGUAGACCACAACCCAAUCUCCUUGGAUGACAUGAACUUCCUAGAACAAUUAAAGAUUGGAAUUCACAAGACACCUAACGGCCACUAUGAAAUGCCACUCCCAUUCCGUAACGGAUCGCCAGAGCUACCAAGCAACAAACUGCUAGCAUUGCGUCGGCUACAAGGGCUGAAGACACGACUGCAGAAAGAUCAACGCUAUCACCAACACUACAAAUCCUUCAUGAAUGAUCUACUCCAAAGAGGUUACGCCGAACCCGUUCCCGAAGUGGAAUCGAACGUUGGAAGCAAAAUAUGGUACAUUCCGCAUCAUGGGGUCUACCACCCUCAGAAGCCCGAUAAACUUCGUGUCGUGUUUGACUGUAGCGCAAGUUAUCAUGGCGAGUCACUUAACCAACACCUGUUACAAGGCCCCGACCAAACAAACGGUUUAAUCGGUGUCUUAUCAAGAUUUCGACAGUACCCUAUCGCGUUUUCCUGCGACGUCGAAGGCAUGUUCCAUCAGUUCCACGUGAGUGCGGAACAUCGAAACUACUUAAGGUUCCUAUGGUGGGAGAAUGGAGAUGUCUCUAAGGAACCAAACGAAUAUAGAAUGACGGUCCACCUAUUUGGUGCAACCUCGUCCCCAGGUUGCGCAAAUUAUGGGCUAAAGGCUAUUGCAGAAAACAACAAGCAAGAAUUCGGCGAAGACGUUGCGAACUUUGUUAAACGGGACUUCUAUGUCGACGACGGACUGAAGUCUUUAAAGUCAGUUCCAGAAGCUGUGUCGAUCAUCCAUAAGACAAAGGAUAUGCUUUCUCGUGGCGGCCUUCGGUUACACAAGUUCGUGUCGAAUUCAAAGGACGUCUUGUCUACAAUUUCUCCCGAUGAUCGAGCGUCAAAUCUGAAGGAUUUAGAUUUCAAUGACGGUCCCCUCCCUGUGGAGCGAACCUUGGGUACACAGUGGUGCAUCGAGUCCGAUUCGUUUAAGCUACGAAUAAUCUUACAGCUCAAGCCCUGUACGCGCCGCGGAGUCCUGUCUACCAUCAGUUCCAUAUACGAUCCCCUUGGGUUCGCCGCUCCCUUCCUGUUAAUUGGAAGACAGAUCCUCCAAGACCUAUGCCGAGACCAAGCAGAUUGGGAUGAUCCGGUUCCAGAGGAAGAGCGCCAAAGAUGGGAGAAGUUUAGAAGGAACUUACUUAUGCUCGACAAGUUGAAAGUUCCUCGGUGUGUCGCGCCAACUGGAUUUGAAGAAGUAACCUCUGUCGAAUUACAUCACUUCUCGGACGCUAGUACUACCGGUUAUGGACAGUGCUCCUACAUCCGCCUUGUCAACUCAGAGCAAGAAGUUCAUUGCGCCUUCAUCAUGGGAAAAUCUCGAGUGGCACCGCUCAAGCACAUCACGAUCCCUCGCCUCGAACUAUCAGCAGCCCUUGUCGCAGUUAAGGUGAGCACCAUGCUUAACAUUGAACUUAGUUAUGAGAACAUUGUUAACGUAUUUUGGACCGACAGCAAGGUGGUGUUGGGAUAUAUCAGCAACGAUUCGAGACGGUUUCAAGUGUUUGUAGCAAACCGCGUACAACAAAUACGAAACGCCACGUCACCCCAGCAGUGGAAUCACGUAGAAAGCGAAGAUAACCCGGCCGACGAUGCCUCGAGAGGUUUGAAAGCAGAACAGCUCGUCGAAGAUACACGAUGGUUGAACGGCCCUGCCUUUCUUUGGAAGCCAGACCUUCAAUUGCCCACCCAACAGAGAUGGAUGCCUGCAGAUGACGACCCGGAAGUGAAGAAGGUUAAAUCGCUCGCAACCGCAACGGUCGAAACCAAAUGUUCGUCGAUGCUUGAUCGUUUGAACUAUUUCUCAUGCUGGUACCGAGCGACACGUGCGAUCGCGAAUUGUAUGAAUCUCAAGAAUCGUUUGAAAUGCCGUAUCUCAAACCGCAGUUCCUCCGAUAAGCAAACGAAGAGCUCACCGGUAAUCAACGUAGAGGAUCUUCAAAGGGCGGAGUCAGAGAUAAUACAAAUGGUUCAAGAGAAAGAGUUUCCAGAAGAGAUGAAAAUACUGCGUUCACUUCAGAAGAAAGACCCUAA